UGCUACUUUUUGGCGAUAUAGAUUCGCCAAGUGGCUCCACCCCACUAGCAGUUCUCCACUGCUUAUAAGUAGAGCACUCAUGGCAAUCUCUAGCACAAGCGACUGCUCAACUAAAAACCAUCUUUGCUCUUUUUGUUCUCUUCCAACUCUUUUCCUAGUCUUUUUAUAACCAAUCUAGAAACUGUUUUAAUUUUACUUUAAACUUUGUAUCAAAUCAUUUUGGGGUGAGUAGUUAUGGCUUCAAGCUCUCUACGCUCCACAGAUUCAGGUUCAUGGACCCCAAAGCAGAACAAACUGUUCGAAAAGGCAUUGGCCCUGUACGACAAAGACACCCCAGAUCGUUGGCACAAUGUUGCUAAGGCUGUAGGUGGAAAAACUGCUGAAGAAGUGAAGAGACACUAUGAAAUCCUUAUUGAAGAUCUUAAUCAUAUCGAGUCCGGUCGCAUUCCUAUUCCAAACUACAGGUCCACUGGCGGCACCAGAAAUGCUGAUGAAGAUGAAAGGCUUAUAAGGUGUCUUAAGCUGCACUGAAUUCCAGAUUAUUACUAUGAAAUGUGGACGCGCGAAUCAAUAUGGGAUGAAAAGCUGUCCCUUCCUACCACUCCCCCCCUAGCCCCUUUCCUUUUCUUGUUUCAAUUCAGCUAAUUCUUCUACUAUCUUCAUGAAUUGUAAUGAAAACUAUGUAUUUUCAAUAGCAUAAUUUCUGUUAUACCAAGUUUUG